UCUACAGACCAAAAUGUAGUGGACUUGAACAUGCCGGGUCAAAUUGGGGCCCUUGCCAACUCAUUGAUCCAGCUUCUGGGAAUUAUUGCAGUGAUGUCGCAAGUUGCAUGGCAGGUUUUCAUCAUUUUUAUCCCUGUGAUUGCAAUCUGUAUCUGGUUACAGCAAUACUACAUAUCUUCAGCACGAGAACUAGCACGGUUGGUUGGAGUAUGCAAAGCUCCAGUUAUACAACACUUUGCUGAAACAAUUUCAGGGUCGACAACUAUUAGGAGCUUCGAUCAAGAAUCAAGAUUUAGGGAUACAAACAUGAAACUGAUGGAUGGUUAUGGUCGGCCUAAUUUUCAUACUGCGGCUGCAAUGGAAUGGCUAUGUUUUCGCUUGGAUAUGUUGUCAUCUAUCACUUUUGGAUUCUGUUUGGUUUUCUUGAUCUCUAUUCCAGCAGGGGUGAUUGAUCCAGGUGUUGCGGGCUUAGCUGUCACAUAUGGACUUAAUCUAAACAUGUUACAGGCGUGGGUUAUAUGGAAUCUUUGCAAUGUGGAGAACAGAAUUAUAUCAGUGGAGAGAUUACUACAGUACACUACCAUUCCCAGUGAGCCUCCUCUUGUAAUAGAAUCCAAUCAGCCAGAUCGUUCUUGGCCAUUACGUGGAAAAGUUGACAUACAUGGUCUUCAGGUCCGGUAUGCCCCGCACAUGCCGCUUGUGUUGCGAGGUAUCACAUGUAGCUUUCCUGGAGGAAUGAAAACUGGGAUUGUGGGUAGAACUGGCAGUGGCAAAUCGACUCUCAUACAGACCCUUUUCCGAAUUGUGGAUCCUGCUUCUGGCCAGAUUUUGAUAGAUGGUAUUGAUAUAUCUUCAAUUGGACUGCAUGAUCUAAGGUCUAGGCUGAGCAUUAUCCCUCAGGACCCAACCAUGUUUGAAGGGACUGUAAGAAGCAACCUGGACCCACUUGAAGAGUACACAGAUGAGCAAAUUUGGGAGGCCCUGGAUAAGUGUCAACUUGGAGAUGACGUUAGGAGAAAGGAAGGAAAGCUGGAUUCUACAGUUAGUGAGAAUGGAGAGAACUGGAGUAUGGGUCAGAGGCAGUUGGUCUGCCUUGGCCGUGUGCUGCUCAAGAAAAGUAAGGUCUUGGUGCUUGACGAAGCUACCGCGUCGGUCGAUACAGCUACAGAUAAUCUCAUCCAGCAGACCCUUCGCCAACACUUUACUGACUGUACAGUCAUCACCAUUGCACAUCGUAUAACUUCUGUUCUUGAUAGUGACAUGGUUCUGCUUCUGAGUCAUGGGCUUAUUGACGAAUAUGAUUCUCCUGCAACCUUGCUCGAGAACAAGUCGUCAUCUUUUGCUCAGCUUGUGGCAGAGUACACAAUGAGGUCGAAUUCCAGUUUUGAGUAGUUUGACUGACAAUUGAAAUUCCAAAUCUUCAUUAUGAACUACUCAACUUGGUAGCUGUUUUGAUAAUGACGAAACAUUAGCGGUAAGGUCCAAAGCGAUAGAACCGGGUGAUCAAGUUAAAGUUUGCAGUGUAUUUUAGGCUAUAUUCUGCUGCAAAUAUUGUAUGGUUAAGUACUUUCAAGUAAUUUUGAUACUGAGAGCUCAAUAUAGGUGUGGAAUUUUGUGGUCGAAUAAAGUAAUUGUAAGUUGAUUGAA